AUGCUGCCCAGGCUGUCUCUUCUCGCCCUCACGGGUGCCCUUCUCGGCCCUUCGCUAGCUCAGUUUCCCCCAACGCCUGAAGGGGUCACUGUCUUGAAGUCCAAGUUCGACAAAGGCAUCGAGAUCAGCUUCAAGGAGCCCGGUCUUUGCGAGGAAGCAGAAGGUGUCAAGUCCUACGCCGGGUACAUCAAGCUCCCUCCUGGAACCCUUGAGGGCGUCGGUCAGGAGCAAGACUAUGAGAUCAAUACCUUCUUCUGGUUCUUCGAGGCCAAGCAUGAUCCCGAGAACGCGCCCCUGUCUAUCUGGAUGAACGGCGGCCCCGGCAGCUCGUCGAUGCCCGGGCUGUUCAACGAGAACGGGCCGUGCUACAUCAACGCAGACUCCAAGUCGACGCGGCCCAGCGAGUGGUCUUGGAACAACAAAGUCAACAUGCUGUACAUCGACCAACCGGUUCAGGUGGGCUUCUCGUACGACACCCUCCGCAACGUCACCAGGAACCUCCUCGGCGGCACUCAGACCCUCAACGCAUCGAGCCCCGUCCCGUCGCAGAAUGUGACCUUCCAGACGGGCACGCUAGCCAGCGGGAAUAGGAACGCGACAAGCUGGGGCAGCCGCAACGCCGCUAUCGCCCUGUGGCACUUCUCCCAGGUCUGGUUCCAGGAGUUCCCCGGCUACCACCCCAACGACGACCGCAUCAGUAUCGCGACGCAGUCCUACGGCGGUCGCUACGGCCCCGCGUUCGUCGCCUACUUCCAGGAGCAGAACGAGAAGAUCAGGAACGGCACCUGGGACGGGACCGAGGGCGAGAAGUACAUCCUGAACCUCGACACCCUUCUCAUCGUCAACGGCUGCAUCGAUCGGCAGGUCCAGUGGCUAUCGCACCCCGAGAUGGCCUUCAAUAACACGUACGGGAUCGAGACGGUCAACGAGACGGUUUACCGGGGGAUGAUCGACGCAUAUAACAGGGAGGGAGGGUGCCGCGACCAGAUUGACGCCUGCCGCGAGGUCGCCGCCGUCUACGACCCGGAGAACGUCGGCAUCAACGCGACGGUCAACCGGAUCUGCGAGGCGGCCGAGUCGUACUGCACCCGCUACAUCCGGGACCCGUACCUCGACAUAUCGGGCCGCGACUACUACGACGUCACCCAGGUCGACCCAACCCUCUUCCCGGCCCCCUUCACCGCGGGCUAUCUCAAUCAGCCGCACGUGCAGUCCGCCCUCGGCGUGCCGCUCAACUGGACGGGGAGCUCGAGUGCCUCGUCCUCGGCGUUCCGCGGCAUCGGUGACUACCCGCGCCCCGGCUGGAUCGAGGACAUCGCCUCCCUGCUGCACAGCGGCGUCAAGGUCUCGCUCAUGUACGGCGACCGCGACUUCGCAUGCAACUGGAUCAGCGGCGAGGAGGUGGCCCUGGCGAUCCCCUGGGCGGACCAGGAAAACUUCGCCGCGGCGGGCUACGAGCCGCUCCAGACGAACUGCACCUACGAGGGCGGCCAGGUACGGCAGUACGGGAACCUGUCGUACAUCAGGGUCUACCAGGCCGGCCAUGCCGUGCCGUCGUACCAGCCCGAGUCGGCGUACCGCAUCUUCAACCGCGCCCUGUUCAACAGGGACAUCGCGACGGGACGCGUCGACACGGCGGCGGACCCGACAUACGGCACGCGGGGGCCCGCCGACACGUUCGGCAUCAAGAGCGAGGUCCCGCCGCAGUACGAGGACUUUUGCUACGUCCUCGACCCGAGCACCUGCAGUCGGGAGCAGGUUGCGGCCCUCCGCGCGGGCACUGCGGUUAUCAAGGACUACAUCAUGAUCGAUCCGCCCAGCGAGCAGGGCGCCGCGCUGGGGAUCAAAGCGAGGGAUAUGUAA